CGACGACUUCAUUCCUCAUUCCCCACCCCCAUCAUCCCAUGCCGGUCCCGAGUGCGGCCUCUUGCCACACGUGCAACCAUCCCACUUCUCAAGAGAAGCUUCUCACCACCACUCUGGACUCGCUUCAGCUGCCCCGUUCCCCUCCGGUUUCGGCUUGGGCGCGAUCUCUGGACCUCUGUACAGGGUCUUUUCUCGACAGCAUCAAACGCACAGAGCGCUCCUGACAUUCAUCGACAGAGCUUAGCGAUCGCUCGAGGCAUCAUCCCGGAAGCACACAAGCCGCCGCACCAGCUUCUUGUCGAGUAGGCGCCAUGUCGUACGCGCGCACGUCGGGAGGAGGUGACGUGGGAGAGCCGCCUUCUCCUGCGCCUCGACCGGCUUCAUCGUUGGGUGGAGAGCUGGCUUUUCGCCCACCGCCUCGACCGAGUCAACGUCGAGGAACAGGCACCACGCCAGGUCCCAAGGUGCGAAAAUCCAACGCAGAACUUGCAAGCAACGCCAUGAGUCCUCUUCCCCCCGCCAUGCCGAGGAGCGGAACGCUCACUGCAAACAUGUCUCGCAUGGCCACCGACGAGACUGCCGCGUGGACUCGGUCUGUAGCAGCUGGAAGCGAUGGGGAGGAGUAUUCGAGCGAUGCAGAGGGCCUCAUGGGCAGCGAAAACGUCUCGCCCAUGGAUAGCCCCACCACGUCCAGACAAGCAUUCUUGUCUCGCAACCCGGCACUCGUCAGUGGAACCGGCGGUGGCAGCUUCUCUGCCAGAGGAUCGCUGGAUCUAGCUCCGAGCAGCACGCAAGGCCCUACACCACGUCAGACUUCUCGUCGAGAGCGCAACAGAAACGCGCCCACGGGUAGCGGUGACCAGAGCCUGGUCAACGAGCUUCAGGCGAAUCUGGUCAAUGAGAUCAGGCGUCUCCAAGCGCUGCUACUCGAGCGCGAUGGCGAGAUCAGAAGAUUGACAGAGGAAAAGGAAGAGACGGACAAGGAGCUGGGACAGUGGAAACCUCGAGCAUUGGCUCUGAUUCAGGUCGAAGACAAACUCACCCAAGAGAAUUGGGAUCUCAAUGUUCAGCGCGACGAGCUCGAAGGCGAGCUGACCGAGCACAGAGGCGCGCUCAAAAAGUCCGAGGACGACCGAAUCAAGGUGACAAAGGAACGUGACGCGCUGCGCGGAGAAUCGGAGUCCCAAGUAGCAGAGCUUGAACAGCUUCACGAGGAAUUGAAAAAUCUGAACCAGUCGCGCGAAAAGGAGACUGCAACUGCGCGCCAGGAGAUGGCUGGCAUGGCGAGGCAAGUAAGCGAACUCAACCUGGCGCUCAGUAAGGCCAAAGAGGAUGGAGAUCGGCCAAACUUUAGCAGGAGCUUUAGUCGCAGCAUGCACCUUGGCAACGAGAGUCUGGAAGCGAGCACGGACGAGGAGAAUCUGCGCGAGGCUGCAUCGAACAAAAGGCGCGCUGCUUUGGAGAGCGGCAACGUCCCAGCAUCGCCUGGAAGCGCUUACGAAGAUGAGCUCGCCGCUGCGACCUCGCCACUGGCUGGUCGACUCAGCAAAGAUGGAAACGUUUCCGAGCUGCGCCAAAAGCUUGCCAUGGCUCACAAAAAAUCUUCAAAGGACACUCUCGACAAGCGUCGCUUGCGGGAGCAGAAUGAAGAGCUCCGACAAUUGCUCACCAAGGCUGGUCUCAAGGCACCCGGAGCUAGCGAUGUGGAGAGCAGCGACGAGGACGAUGCCGCGUUGUGGGACGAUCAGUCUGUCGAGCACAGCCCUUCGGCCAAGCGUGGCAAAGCGCGAGGCGUGCCCAAAAGCAGCACAGGUCGCAACAUUGCAUCUCGUCUUGGUAUCGGUCUUGGACGUCCUUCCAGAUCUGCACAUGACCAGACUGUCGAUGACGAAGAUGAGGCCGGACAAGUGGACGACGAAGUGGCGGAGAUGCCAGCAUCGUCGAGCUCCGGGCUCAGACGAAGCGCUCGUCGUGCCAAUGUUCCUCGAAAUGUCAGCUUUGGUACGGGAAGCCCUCUGGUCGAGACCGCGUACCUGCCUGGCGAAGACGAGCACGACGCUUCUUCUACUGGCCACUCAACAGAGCAAUGGCACGGCACAGAACGAGCAGACACGUCCGUCGUCGAUCCACUUCCGCGUCCUCCAUCCAUGGUCCUCGCCGGCGAGACGCUCGGAGACGAGCUCGAAGGCUUGGGUGACGAUGCUGAUCGCGCUGGCGGGACCUCCUUCAUCGGCGAUGAAUCUCUUGCUCGCGACCUGGCUUCUGCUCAGCAAGUCACACGCUCCGUCAGCGGACCGUUGCCUCCUGCUGCGGACGACAAGAACAUGCAGACUGAUGCGCAGUCCAGCGCGUUGGCCGACGAGCUCGCGAAGAAGGAACGCGAACACGCUGCAGUGGUGGAGGAGCACACGAAGACGCUCUCUGCUAUCCGCGACGCGCAUGCUCAGGCCCUCGAGCAGCGCGAUUCGGCCCUCGAAAAGCGCGAUCGAGAUCAUGCAGCCGCUGUGGCGGAGCAACUCGCUGCGCUUGCAGCUCUUCGCGAGGAACACGCCAAUACCCUCAAUCAGCGCGACACAGACCACAGCAAGCUCUUGGCGGAUCGUGAAAAUGCGCACAAAAGCGCGUUGAGCGAGCUGGUCGCUCAGCACGCCAAGGCGCUCGACGAGCGCGAAGCGGCUGCCGAGCGCGCUGUCGCUGACAAGGAAGAAGAGCACGUCAAAGUCCUGUCUGCUGCGUUGGCCAAGCAGAAUGAUACCCACAAGGUGGCUUCUGAAGAAGCGCGCACUCGACAUGCCAAGGCGCUCGCAGAGGAAGUCGCCAAGGGCGCACUGACGCUCAAGGCUGCUGAAGAAGCCCACCGCAAGCUGGUUUCUGAAACGAAAGACUCUCACAAACGCGCGAUUGACCGGCUUGAAGCGGACCACGACAAGGCGCUCAAGAGCAAAGAUGGCAAGCAUGCCAGCCAGAUCGAAGACCUCCAUUUGUCUCACGAUGCCUAUGUGCGAGACCUGGAGCAGGCAUUCAAUCGAAACCUUCGAGAGCGCGACGAGAUCAUUCGCAAAAGUCGCGAGGAAGUCGAGAAGAUGCGCGAGCGCUUGUCGACGCUCGAGAACGAGCUCGAGCGACUGCGCAGAGAGAUUCAGGCCAGCGCUGCAGCUAUUUUGGCAGCCGAGAGCGCCAAGCGCGAGCUUGAACAUUCAGCUGAGGAGACCAAAGCGGAGCUGGAAGAGGCACGGGCGAUCAUCGCCACUCACAAUGAAAAAGAAGACGAUGCAUUUGAAGAUGCCUCCGAGGCUCCUUCGCUCAGCCCCAAUCGUACCGCGCUCGAGCUGGACGACGGCAAGCAUGACGCAGCUGUCGCCAUGGACAGGAGCGGCACGGAACAGUCCACCCAGACCCAGAGCGAGGUCGACUCGCCCCCCACGCCUGCCGACAUUGAAGCCUUCCCAUCUCCGCCUGCUGCAAAGGCUCGCGAACUCAAAGAGUCUGCUGCACAAACGGAUCACGAGAUGUGGGCAAGGGUUCAAGAGACGCAACUCACACGAGCUGGUCUUCCCAUUCCCAACAACGUCUUGAUGCUCGGCGGCGGUGCUGCCCAUCAGCACGUGCGCGAUUCCGUCUCCACCUUUGGCGGCAACCGAGAUGGCACUCGUAUCGAUCCGACAUCCUCCACGAUGAUGUACACUGUGGGUGCUUUGACGCGUCAACAAGCUGCAGCUAGCGUUAGCAGUCGCCGUCCAUCCAUGGACUCGACCAUCUCAACCGAUGCUCGCUUUGCCAACCCCAACGAAGUCGCGUUGGGCCAGAUCCCGGAUCGCAGCAAGCCUCCAGUGAUGGAUGUGCCUCCUCCACCGAGCAUGCCUCCUCCUGCGAACCUUCCUAAUCGUCCCACUCCUCGAGGACGUACGUCCACUUCCAACAGUGCACAAGACAAGCCCCCAGCUCGCCCUACGUCGCCCCCUCCAGCCGAGCUGGUUGCUGCUGCUGGACGGCGAGGCAGUACUCUUCAGGUUCCGCCCGGAGAACGCGAUGCCCUACCGGCCCGCUCCGCAAGCCGCGCUUCGGGUUACAGCGGAGCAGCUUCGAGCAAUGCGAUGGCUAGCACGGACUCGACAAGCAGAGGGGCGCCCAACGGCCCUCAUUCGCGCAUCGCUUCCAACCAGCACUCGGCGCCGGGCGAUGCGGCGAGCGUGGCCAGUCGUCGAAGCCGCGUGUCUGCGUCGAACCUGGCUCAGCAGCAUUUGCGGGCACCAUCGGGAGGAUCUUUCCGCUCAGACGUGACUUCGAUGCUUAGUCCGCGGAUGUCUAUCGCUUCGUCCAGAGCCUCAGAAUACGUUGAUGCUCGGAACCCAGGUACUGGUGCAACAGGUCCAAGCAGCACCAAGGGCAUGCCUCCCGGUACGGACCCAGAGGUCAUUGCCGCCAUCACUCAAACGAUGAUUGGCAACUAUAUGCACAAGUAUGUCCGUCGUGGGCUAGGCAGGACGGGUCUAUCAGACAAGCGCCAUCAGAGGUACUUUUGGCUGCAUCCCUACACCAAGAUGCUGAGCUGGACAAUGACCGAUCCCGGAGGUAAAGGAGUGCAGGAAAGCACCUACAAGAGCGCAGUCAUCGAGGACAUUGAAGUGGUUGAGGACAACAACCCAAGUCCGCCUGGACUGUAUCACCUCAGCAUCAUCGUCAAGACUCCUGCUAGGGACAUGAAGAUUACCGCUCCUAAUCGCGAGCGACACGAAAUGUGGGUCUCUGCUCUGGGCUACUUGACCAGUCGAACGCAGCUGCAGGCCAACGCUGGUCUUGGUCGGGUGCAGAACGGAAGGGGCGGCGCGUCCACGCUCGCCAUGCAGCCUAACCGCGCAGACGAGGCGGAUCCUGAUCGGCCGGCUUCUAGACGCGAGCGAGUCAGCUCGAGCCGCGCUGCUUCGAUCACUUCUCGCCGUCUGCUCUCUCCUAGACGCAGCAUGGCCUCGCUUGGCGCGGGAGCACGUACGCGCUCGGAAAACAUCCUCGACACGGGGGACAACACCGAGACCACCCCUCGACCUCGCGCUGGUACGAUUGGUGCUUCGUCCAUUCUUAGCAACAAGCGACGCGAUACGGCAGCUCACGAAUACCUCUCGCAGUGGGGCGAGGUGGGAAGGAACAAUGGUCCAUCUAGUCCGUCUAGCUACGGCAAGUCAUCCCGCAAGAGUUUUGGCCACUCGCGCAAUCUCGCAUCUGAUCUUUACGGAGAAAGCUCUCAGUACAGACCAUCUUCGCGCACGAGUUACGCAGCGCCUGCGGAUCCUCGUCUGCAGACUGCCGAGCAGAUGCUGGAGGAGGAUCAAGAACGUGGAGGGUAUGAUGGGCUGGAAAAUGUCCGAGCCUGCUGCAACGGAGCUCACGAUGUGGGCGAGCUGGCGCAUCGCAAGUACAAGGAAGACUUGCGAAAGAAGAGGGAGAAGGAGUAUCGCGACCUUGCGCGCACGCACAGGGAAGCUAGCGGUACGGCCAGUAUCCGCUCUCGACACUCUAGGCAGGGCAGUCAAGGAAGCUCGGUUGCAGGUGGAGGCAUCAAGAGCUGGAGAGAUACGCUGAAACGAGCUCCUAGCGGCACCUCCACAGUGGCAUCGCGCAACGAGCCUGCCACCAGCAGCUCUCCGCCCCAGCUCGGACCCUUGAAUCUGAACACGCCGCUGGAAAAACGCGGCAAGCAGACUUCGAGCAGCCAGGGCAGCAAGAGUCCAGGCAUCUUUUCCGCCAUGACGGGUCAAAACGCUGCGCCUCGCGCUAGCGUCAACAGUAGCGCCGAGCAGCCCAUGUCUGCCAGGACCUCCAACUCGGCGGAAUGGUACUCUAGCCCGGAAGAUUUGGCCGCCUUCAUCGAGAUUGGCGAGCCUCAAGUUGAUGCGUCGGCCAAGACGACAGAGUUUGGAUCGAGCGCUGGCAGCGCUACGCCCACCGCCAGGGAUACCAACACGUUUUCCCAAAGAGUCAGCGCGAUCAGAAAGAGCGCUGGCACAUCUUCCAAGGCGUAAUCAGGUACCGCAUCUCGACCCUCAAAAGAAAAGGCUGCUGCGACGAACGUUUGCCGGUCACCGUGAUUGAGAAGUCCCCCGCUCUCAUGCACAUCAUUCACUAUAUGCCCGUCCUUCUUCAUCUUCUCGUGACUACACCAACUGCAUGUUUGUCUUUCUCCCCUUCACAACCAUUCACCUUCUUUUUCUUCUUCUGCACGCACACUCGAGUAUGUUCCCACCCCCUUCCGUUUCUCUACGCUUUGUGACGAUGAUCAAACUCUCAACAUUGCCACGCGCCGACAAGACAUGCCCUACGCC